AUGAACGACCCUGGUGAGAGUCCGCAGGGUGGUAGCGCCACGAUACUGCUCAUAAUGAUCCAAGUGGCAUCCCGAGCACUUACAUUCAUCGGCAACCAGUUCCUACUACGCUUCCUGUCGCCUUCACUUCUCGGAAUCUCCGUCCAAGUCGAGCUCGUCUCUGUGACUAGCCUCUAUUUCGCUCGCGAGAGUCUUCGAGUGGCACUACAGAGACAGCCUGCAACCACAUCGUUUUCGAAUACCACCACCACCACCAACGGCCAGGCUCAAGGAGGACGAGCAACGCAGACGGUCGUCAAUCUCGCGUACCUUGCUGUCCUGCUGGGCUUCAUCAUCUCGACAGCUUUUGGCUACUCGUAUCUACGCGGAGCACCUUCAGAGGUCCUCGACAGUCCAUACUUCAUCAUCUCAUUUCAAGUCUAUGCUUUCGCAACGCUGACCGAGCUGCUCGCGGAACCUGCGUUCGUGGUGAUCCAGCAGAAAGCGCUGUACGCCGACCGCGCUCGUGCAGAGACGCUCGCCGCCACGGCACGUUGUUUGGCUGCAUGCAUUACGGCCGUCGUAGCUCACGGGGAACAGCUCGCGCCGUCGAUCUUGCCAUUCGCCGCGGGUCAGUCGGCAUAUGCAUUUGUUUUGUUGGCAUUGUACUUCCUGCCCGUGAUACGGAUCUCGAGAAGUGAGAAGUUCAGCCUCGCCCCACGCAAGAUCGUCGAAACUUCUUCAGGAGGACCAACGAGACCUGGCAAUGAAGGUGUUGACAGAUACUAUGCACGGCGAUUCCACAAGGCCAUCCUAGGUCUAGCCGCGACCAUGUACAUGCAGUCCAUCUUCAAACUCCUACUCACGCAAGGAGAUACCCUGAUAAUGUCGUUUCUCUCCUCUCUCGCCGACCAGGGGGCGUUCGCUCUGGCCUCGAACUAUGGAGGGUUACUGGCCCGUCUGGUCUUCCAGCCCGUGGAAGAGAGUAGUCGGAAUACAUUUGGACGAUUACUUUCGUCGCCCAGCACCUCAAGUAAUACGAUCUCCUCGAGCAAGUCGGGUUCUAGCUCCGCCUUGGACGACGACUCGAGAAAAGCCAACAUCCGAGAAGCACUCGCCUACCUAUCCAAGACACUACGCUUCUACACCAUCCUAGCCCUUCCUCUGGUCAGUAUCGCUCCACACGUCCUCCCUUUGGUCGUCGGCCAUAUCGUCGGGGCAAAAUGGUCCAGCACGUCCACGGCGUCGUUGCUCUCGACCUAUUGUUACUAUAUCCCUCUCAUGGCGGUGAAUGGCAUCCUGGACGCAUUUGUCACAUCUGUGGCCAGUCCGGCACAACUGCGCACCCAGUCCGCGUGGAUGCUGCUCUUCACUGGCCUCUACGGGGUCGCGGCGUGGACGAUGCUGAAGCGUCUCGACCUCGGUGCCGCGGGCCUGGUGGGCGCCAACAUGGUCAACAUGGCGCUGAGGAUCGUGUGGAGCAUCGUCUUUGUGCGGCAAUGGGUGCAAGAGCAUGACACUGCCGGCAGCGACAGCAGACUAGUGAGAACGACGGUCAGGGAGGGCCUGCCAGCGUCGGCUUCCGUUGCAGUCGCCGGGCUUGUCGCCCUGACACUCAAAGUCCACCCAGCAACCGGAGGAAGAAAUGGAAAACUUGAUCUGCUGAAUCGAGAGCCUCUCGGUUUACUCGGUGCAGGGACUGUCAUACUGGGAUCGACUAUGUGA